AUGACAUUAACUGAUAUAAGUACACAUUCACCAAAAUUAACUCAUAGUUUUUCUAUGAUUGAUGAUUUAAAUAAUAAAGAUCAUCAUCGAAAAUUUAAACGAAUAAAUCGAUCAAUAUUUAAUUUAUUUUCAUGGCAUCGACAAACAAAUAUUUUAAGAAGAAAAAAUAAAAAUUUAGAUUUAAAACAAAAUAAUUCAUAUUUAUAUCGUCCAUCAAUAAUAACAACAACAUCAGAAUUAUCAAGAUCUAUAUCAAAUAAAUCAAUAACAUUUGCAUCCGUUUUUGAUGAAUUAGAAGAUGAUUAUAUUCAGAAAAAUAAUCAUUCGAAUUUAGAUAUAAAUACAUCAGGAGAUAAUGAAGAUCUUGUUAUUGUUGUUGAAAAUAAAUAUAUUGAUAAUCAAUUAAAUACAAAUAAUUCAAAUGAAACUAAUGAACCUUAUCCAUUUCGAUCAGAAAUUCCAUUAGAUUCACUUACAAAAUUAAAUAAAUCUUAUUCAAAAAAGAAAUUCUUUGAUCAUUUAAUAGAUUAUCAUCGUUCAAAAAAAAUUCAUCAUCCUGUUCAAUUAAUUAAUACAAUUGAUCGAUCUAAAUCUGAACCUAAUUUAUUUAUAUCAUUAUCAUCAAAUCCAACAACAACAACAACAACAACAACAAAUGAUCAUUAUCAAUCAUUAAAAACAUUUCGUCAAUGGAUUAAAUCAUCAUCAAUUGGUCAAUUUAUUCAAUCAUUUAUUAAAAAUCAAAAUCGAAAUUCAAAUACUUCAAUUAAAAAACAUUUUAAAAAAAAAUCUUCUCGAAAAUCAACAAUAUCAAGAAAAUAUUCUGAUCUUAUUUAUUAA